AUUUGUUAUGUAUCCGUUACUUUUAUUAAUUAAAUUUUUAGAUAGAAUAAGUUGGAGUAUUCACCAGGUAGGAGGGGAAAAAAGAAGUCAAAAAACGACAAAAAGAAAGGGGAAAUCCAGCAAGCAACAAAGAACCAGAUUCUGAGGUAGUUGGCUAAUUCAGAAUCGAAAAGUCUAAAAGGAGCACCAUCUUAUUGUAUAUAGAGCAAAGUGGAGCUGCGCUAGAGAGAUUCUAGAGAGAGAGAGAGAGGGGGGAGAGAGAGAGAGCUAAAGGUGGAGGUAGCUCAUCUUUUCUUCUUUGCAGUUGCCUUUUGAGCUUUCAUUUCAGCUUUCUGAAAGGUUUUUAUGGAACUAAACUAUCACUUGAGGUUGACAGAGUAAUGCUAGAAACAUGGGUAAAAAAGGCAGUUGGUUUUACGCCCUCAAAAGGAUAUUUGCAUGCAACUCCAGGAAGAAGCUUACCCAUGGAUCAGCGAAGAAAAAUGCUAAGGAAAAGAAGAAGGCUCGUAGAAUACUGAGGCAUGGAGAGUUCAAAUCAUUCCUCUUCAGAGAACCAAGCAGUAUUGAGAAAAUACUGGGGGAAGUUGAUGAUCAGAAACUACUUGUUAGGCCUCCUGCUUCUGAACAAUCUGGCAUUCCAUCUGCAUUCCCUGUGAAGCCAACUUCUCCGAGAAUCAGUUCACCCAGAGCUGCAUCUCCUAGGAGUUCUUAUACGGCUGCAUCUCCUAGUGCUACUUCUCCAAGGAUCCCAUCUCUGAGGGUUGCUUCUUCAAGCGUCAUCUCUCCUAGGGCAGCUUCUCCAAAGGCUACCUCUCAUAGGGCAGCUUCUCCAAAGGCUACCUCUCCUAGGGCAGCUUCUCCAAAGGCUACCUCUCCUAGGGCAGCUUCUCCAAAGGCUACCUCUCAUAGGGCAGCUUCUCCAAACGCUACCUCUCUUAGGGCAGCUUCUCCAAAGGCUAUCUCUCCUAGGGCAGCUUCUCCAAAGUCUCUUUCUCCUAGGGCAGCUUCUCUAAAGGCUAUCUCUCCUAGAGCUACUUAUCCCGAGGUGAGUGAGAAACACAAAGAGAUUAGCUAUGCUAACAAACCAGAACCAACUUUGACGCUCCAUCUUGCAGCAACCAAGAUACAGGCAGCCUACAGACGGCACGUGGGAAGGAGGAGUUUCAAGUCUUUGAGGGGUUUAGCAAGACUUCAAGGAGUGGUCAGAAACAGAAAUGCAAAGCGGCAGACAGUAAAUGCCAUGAAACAAAUGCAGCUUCUAGUUAGGGUUCAAAUGCAAAUUCAGUCAAGGAGAACUCAGAUGUUCCAGGCACUCCAAAGUCAAGCUUACACGAAUGAUAAAGAAGCUGAGAGCACCCUAAGCAAAUGGACUAAGUUGACCGAGGCAGGUAACCAUGAUGAUUGGGAUAAUAGUGUGCUAACUAAAGAAGAGGUAGAAGCAAGGCGUCGAGAAAAAGUGGAGGCUGUAAUCAAGAGGGAGAGAGCAAUGACCUAUGCAUAUUCUCACCAGUUAUGGAAAAGCAACCCCAAAUCAAUUGUGGACAUCCGAGCUAGUGGAAUUCCUUGGUGGUGGAACUGGUUGGAUAACCAGCUACCUCCAGGAAAUGAUUCCGAGAGCCAAUCUGCUGUGAAAGACGUCCAUCUAACGCCACCAAGGACAAUUUCAGAGCACAAACCAAGUCCGUGGCGUCUAAGUCAUAACUUCAGACACCUCCAUUUGGAUAAUGACAGUCAUGAAUCGGUUACACCGAGGUCAACUAAGUCCGCAGUUCCACUAAGGGGCAAACUAAUGCAUACUCCCAGAAGAACAUCAUCACCAAUGAGCAGUACGAGCAUAUCAAAUUACUCAAGACGCCGAGCUAGUGCUGCUAAUUCCCCUUUCAGUCACUCCUUCAAGGAUGAUGACAGCCUCACGAGCUGUCCUCCUUUUUCAGGUCCCAGUUACAUGUCACCAACCCUCUCAGCCAGAGCUAAAUUCAGAGGAAAAAGCAUUCCUGAGGAGAGAAACGCAGGUACUACCCCAUCAAACAGUUCAAGGAGGAGGUUAUCAUUCCCUUUGACUCCAAGAUCUGGCAAAGAUGCUACUUCUCUAAGGGAUCACGACCCUACGGGAGAUCAUAUGAGCGUGGGUUCUACUGCCUCGACGUCCUCUGUAGUUGGAAGGAAACCAUUUAACAGAUUUGUGUGAUUAUAUAUCUUGUAUGACUUCUUUUGACAUCUGUAUUUAGCUCUGAACGUGGUGGUUUUUCUUUUUUUCUUUUGAUGUGUAUUUAUUGGUGUAUGAUGUUCACAGAAUACUGAUGUAAAAUAAUGAAGUAUGUCAAUCUAGACGGUUUUGCAAAGAUUCAGUGUA